UUGAAAAAUUUUCGUUCGUUGAACAAAAGGUGCGUUUGGAGCGCAGUGAAAAGUGAAUUUAUUCUGCACAAAUCGAAGUGAAAAUACUUAUAUUUUUAUCUGUUUGCUGUGAAAUUAAAACACACUCAAGAUGCCCGAAGAAGCCGAGACUUUCGCAUUCCAGGCUGAGAUUGCUCAGCUUAUGUCGUUGAUCAUCAACACAUUCUACUCGAACAAGGAGAUCUUCUUGCGUGAGUUGAUUUCGAACGCAUCUGAUGCCCUCGACAAGAUCCGCUAUGAGUCGUUGACGGAUCCCAGCAAGCUCGACUCGGGCAAGGAGCUGUACAUCAAGCUGAUUCCCAACAAGACGGCUGGUACUCUGACCAUCAUUGAUACCGGUAUCGGCAUGACCAAGUCCGACUUGGUUAACAACUUGGGAACCAUCGCCAAGUCGGGCACCAAGGCUUUCAUGGAGGCGUUGCAGGCUGGCGCUGACAUUUCCAUGAUUGGCCAGUUCGGCGUGGGCUUCUACUCGGCCUACCUGAUUGCCGACCGUGUGACUGUCACCUCGAAGAACAACGAUGAUGAGCAGUACGUCUGGGAGUCGUCCGCCGGCGGUUCGUUCACCGUGAGGGCCGACAACUCGGAGCCCCUGGGUCGCGGCACAAAGAUCGUGCUCUUCAUCAAGGAGGAUCAGACCGAUUACCUUGAGGAGAGCAAGAUCAAGGAGAUCGUUAACAAGCACUCCCAGUUCAUUGGGUAUCCCAUUAAACUGCUGGUGGAGAAGGAGCGCGAGAAGGAGGUCAGCGACGACGAGGCUGAUGAUGAGAAGAAGGAUGAGGAGGCCAAGAAGGACAUGGACACCGAUGAGCCAAAGAUCGAAGAUGUCGGCGAGGAUGAGGAUGCCGACAAGAAGGACAAGGAUGGCAAGAAGAAGAAGACCAUCAAGGAGAAGUACACCGAAGACGAGGAGCUGAACAAGACCAAGCCAAUCUGGACCCGCAACCCCGAUGAUAUCUCCCAGGAGGAGUACGGCGAGUUCUACAAGUCCCUGACCAACGACUGGGAGGAUCAUCUGUGUGUGAAGCACUUCUCGGUCGAGGGUCAGCUGGAGUUCCGCGCCCUCCUGUUCAUCCCCCGUCGCACUCCCUUCGAUCUCUUCGAGAACCAGAAGAAGCGCAACAACAUCAAGCUGUACGUGCGCCGCGUGUUCAUCAUGGACAACUGCGAGGAUCUCAUUCCCGAGUACUUGAACUUCAUCAAGGGAGUGGUCGACUCUGAGGAUCUGCCUUUGAACAUCUCCCGUGAGAUGUUGCAGCAGAACAAGGUUCUGAAGGUGAUUCGCAAGAAUCUGGUGAAGAAGACCAUGGAGCUGAUCGAGGAGCUCACCGAGGACAAGGAGAACUACAAGAAGUUCUACGACCAGUUCAGCAAGAACUUGAAACUGGGUGUCCACGAGGACAGCAACAACCGCGCCAAGCUCGCCGAUUUCCUGCGCUUCCACACCUCCGCCUCUGGCGAUGAUUUCUGCUCCCUGUCGGACUACGUGUCCCGCAUGAAGAAUAACCAGAAGCACGUCUAUUUCAUCACUGGCGAGUCCAAGGACCAGGUCAGCAACUCUGCCUUCGUUGAGCGUGUCAAGGCCCGCGGCUUCGAGGUUGUCUACAUGACCGAGCCCAUUGAUGAGUAUGUCAUCCAGCACUUGAAGGAGUACAAGGGUAAGCAGCUGGUGUCCGUCACCAAGGAGGGUCUGGAGCUGCCCGAGGAUGAUGCCGAGAAGAAGAAGCGUGAGGAAGAUAAGGCCAAGUUCGAGGGUCUCUGCAAGCUGAUGAAGUCCAUCUUGGACAGCAAAGUGGAGAAGGUGGUCGUCUCGAACCGUCUUGUGGACUCGCCCUGCUGCAUCGUCACCUCGCAGUUCGGCUGGUCCGCCAACAUGGAGCGUAUCAUGAAGGCCCAGGCUCUGCGCGACACCGCCACCAUGGGUUACAUGGCCGGCAAGAAACAGUUGGAAAUCAAUCCCGACCAUCCCAUUGUCGAGGCCCUGCGCCAGAAGGCCGAUGCCGACAAGAACGACAAGGCUGUAAAGGAUCUGGUCAUCCUUCUGUUCGAGACCUCGCUGCUGUCUUCCGGAUUCUCUCUGGACAGCCCUCAGGUUCAUGCCAGCCGCAUUUACCGCAUGAUCAAGCUGGGUCUUGGCAUCGACGAGGAUGAGCCCAUGACCACCGAGGACGCCCACAGUGGUGGUGAUGCCCCCAAUCUGGUCGAGGACACCGAGGACGCUUCCCACAUGGAGGAGGUUGAUUAAACAAUCCAAUCGCUUUCUCAAACCAAACACACAUUCACACACAACACAAAAACAAUUUUCUAAGUUUCGACUGUUUGUAGCUUACGUUGACACAGGAGUUAACUUUUAUUUUUCAUUAACAUUUUUGUCGCGUUAUAUACGACAAUUAUACGCUUAUUCAUCCCACACUCACUCGCAUACAGAAUAGAAUCCUCCAGGUUCCCGGAAACUAACUUCAGAAGCAGUUGUCGUUUUAAGAAUUUCUAAUUUAGAGUCCACAUAAUUUAUGUAAAAAUAAACUAAAGACUACACGCUCUAGUUUCUAGAAUUGAAAUUUAUAUCUUAAGGUUUGAUGACCAGAUCGAUCGAUGAUAAAACCAAAUAAACAAACAAAUUGUGUUUUAAAAUGCA